AUGAGUACAGUAAGGAUCCUUUCUACUUGCGAAUCUAUAUUAGAAGCAUUAGACAAAUCAAUAUCUCUUAGCCACCUUCAGAUCAAAGCAAUGUACAACUCAAUGAUCGGAGGAAUUAUAACAGACCCUGCAUUUAUGACAAUUCCUAUAGACGACCACAUGGUUCAUAGAGGCCAUGUUGUGUUCGACACAGUAUCUAUCGUAAACGGUCGAGCAUUCACAUUACAGUCUCAUGUAAAUAAAAUUAUAAGAGCUGCAACCAACGCCAAAAUAGAACUGCCUUUAUCAAAAGAAGCAAUGAGCUCAUCAUUAAAGCAGCUUGCAGCAUCAGCAGGGCUAAGGUCUUGCAAAAUAAAGUAUUGGAUUUCGGCAGGACCUGGAAGCAUGUUUAUUCAGCCUUAUCCAGGGAUGUCAGUCUUCUACGCAAUUGUGCUUGAAGGUGAUGCAAGAAAUGAAAAUCAAGAUAUUUCAAAAGAAUUCACAGUUAAUAUACCUUUAAAUCCAAGAUUUUUAGAAACUAUGAAAUCAACAAAUUACUUAUUUAAUGCAUUGUCUCAGGUAGAAUCAAAAGAGAAAGGGGGAUUUAUGGGGAUUCAAAAAACACAGGAAGGGUAUAUUGCGGAAAGUUCCAUAUGGAAAAUUGGAUUUGUGCUGCCUGGAGGCAGAUUUGUGAUUGCUGCAAAUAAAGAUGAUGCUCAAGAUGAAGAAGAUCAAUUAAUAUUAGCACAUGCAAAUGAGCUUUUAUCACAAGGAAAACUAUCUUCAGUAGGUAAACGCAAAAUCCAUAUAGACGAAGCCAAAAACUGUGAAGAAAUGUUUCUAUCUAUAUCUGAUACAAUAAGGCCAGUUCUAGAAUGGGAUGGAAUGCUCAUAGGCAAUGGAACAAGAGGGCGCAUUUCACAAGAACUAAUCGAUUAUCUUCAGCAUGAUUUUGCUAACCCUGAUCUAUCAGAAAGCAUUCCAUACGAGCUAUAUGAAGCGACUCCAUAA